AUGGCUGAUGCUACUCCCAAGACUGCCGCCCUCGACAACAUAUUCUUAUGUCCUUCCACGCUCAAAGACGAAGUUGACCUGUCUGACUGGCCUAAAAGCGAAGUAUUUAUCAACGGCACGCCAUGCAUGAAUCACGAGGAGAUCCUCGCUAUGGAAAACCGUGCCGAGUUUAUCGAGUGCAUGGCUGAGGUUGUGAAUACUACUACACAUACUCUGCAUGCUCUGGGCAUCGAUGCUUCUCUUA